GUCCCCUCGAUACGAUAUUUUGUCCAAAAUGAUUUGCGCGACUUCUCCUCCACUUUCCUAAAUCUGUCGAAACAACCAAACCCGACGUCUCCUCCAAUGGCGGCGAUUAGGGUUCGAUACCUUAACCAUGCACCUUCCUCAAGGUGGUCGCAUUCCCUCCACCGGAACUCGCCCUCGCCUCUGCUCUCUCCGAAUCGCGUAGGAUUCGCCGCGUUUGGGUCUCGGGAGCUCUAUCCCGCCGUUGGAGAUGUAUGCAGACGCACGCGUUUGAGCUUGAGGAGCUGCAGAGGAGCUGUUCGAGCGGUGUUGGAGGAGAGCAAGACGGAGACGAAAGCAGAGACGGAGGAUGAAGAGAAGGGUUUCACGUGCGUGAUGAAGUUCGGUGGAUCGUCAUUGGCGUCAGCGGAGAGGAUGAAGGAGGUGGCCGAUCUGAUUCUGAGUUUCCCUGAAGAACGGCCCGUGGUUGUCCUGUCUGCAAUGGGGAAAACCACCAACAAUCUCCUCCUUGCGGGGGAGAAGGCUGUAAGCUGUGGUGUUUCUCGUGCAUCUGAGAUAGAGGAGUUGGUCAUUAUAAAGGAAUUGCAUCUCAGGACUGUGAAAGAACUCGGGGUUGACUCGUCUGUUGUUUCGUCCUUUUUGGAAGAAUUGGAGCAACUCCUGAAAGGCAUAGCCAUGAUGAAGGAGUUGACACUAAGAACCAGAGAUUACCUGGUCUCCUUUGGAGAGUGCAUGUCUACGAGGAUCUUUGCAGCAUAUCUCAACAAAAUCGGUGCCAAGGCCCGUCAAUAUGAUGCGUUUGAUAUCGGUUUCAUAACAACCGAUGAUUUCACAAAUGCGGAUAUCUUGGAAGCAACUUACCCAGCUGUUUCCAAGAGAUUAUAUGAUGACUGGAUCAGCGAUCCUGUUAUUCCUGUUGUAACCGGUUUCCUCGGGAAGGGCUGGAAAACUUGCGCCGUUACUACGUUGGGUAGGGGCGGCAGUGAUUUGACUGCAACGACGAUUGGUAAAGCCUUGGGUUUGCGAGAGAUUCAGGUCUGGAAGGAUGUUGAUGGUGUUUUAACCUGUGACCCGACUAUUUAUAAACGGGCUGUACCAGUUCCGUAUCUAACAUUCGAUGAAGCUGCCGAGCUUGCUUAUUUUGGCGCACAGGUAUUGCACCCACAGUCCAUGAGGCCAGCAAGAGAAGGCGAUAUCCCCGUUAGGGUUAAGAAUUCUUACAACCCUAAAGCUCCCGGAACUAUUAUCACUAAAGCAAGAGACAUGACUGAGACUGUUCUUACGAGCAUAGUUUUGAAACGCAAUGUGACCAUGCUGGAUAUAGUUAGCACCCGAAUGCUUGGUCAGGUCGGUUUUCUUGCAAAGGUAUUUUCAAUAUUUGAAGAACUGGGCAUUUCCGUGGAUGUUGUCGCCACUAGUGAAGUCAGUCUAUCUCUGACAUUGGACCCGUCGAAACUAUGGAGCAGAGAACUGAUUCAACAGGAGCUUGAUCAUGUGGUUGAAGAGCUGGAAAAAAUUGCGGUGGUGAAUCUCCUACGAAGAAGAGCAAUCAUCUCUCUCAUCGGGAACGUUCAACACUCCUCGCUAAUUCUUGAGAAGGCAUUUCAUGUUCUUCGGACAAAAGGUGUCAAUGUCCAGAUGAUAUCACAAGGAGCAUCAAAGGUGAAUAUUUCCCUAAUAGUAAACGAGGACGAGGCUGAAAGAUGCAUCGAGGCCCUUCAUCAAUCCUUCUUCGAAAGCAACGAUCUUUCCGAGUUAUUGGUAAAACCCGGAUAUGGCAAUGGUUCACAUAUUACGACGGUUCAACUAGAAAAUUGAAUCUGUCCCCUAAUGGCUUCUGCAUCAUCAUUUUUGUGAGGUGUUUCUCAGCAAGUUCGUUUCUCGCUGAGCCUUCAUCGUGUUGUGCUAACAUGUACGUGCCUGUUUACAUUGGGCGAGAACUGAAUGCCGUUUUGCAUUCGUGCAAGCGGAAUGCGUGCCGUUUUGCAUUUAAAAAAACCUUGGGUUUUGUAGGUGUGAUGUGAUGCACAAGGAACUGACAUUGUACUUCACAUUCAGAACCAUUUCAUUGUAACAUUUGCAUCAAUAAUCUUACCAAAGGCAUUGCUACAAAACGUAUUGUGUUACAAACGAUAUAAACAACAGAUGCUUAUAUGUUCUAA